GCUUUGGGUUUCUUCACCGGCCUGAGGACGUUGGUUGCCUUUCCUUCCCAAGAGGACGGGCCAGAGGCUGAAGGAGGACCGCGGGAUCUCCGCGGACGGAGGCGGGACCGCCAGGGGAGGGGCGCGGCUCGGACCCUGGGCCUCUCCUCAGCUGCAGUCGCCGCCCUACAAAGCUCUGGAAGGUUUCAAGCCCCCCUCGGCUCCCAGCAGCCAGCGCGAUGCUCGGCCCUUUAAUCCCCAGCCCGACACCUCUCCGGGCUUGGCCCCGGACAACGCACGUCCUCCCAGAGCACAGCGGGUCAGUGCGGCCGCAGGCGCGGAGCCCCCUCCCCCCGGGCGGGGCGGGGCGGGGCUAGGCCUCUCCUCCGGGCUGUCCCCUCGGGCAGGGUGUGUGCAGCCAGCUGGUCUGCGCCCGCCCCGCCCCGCCCCGCCCCCUCCCGCCUCCUUCCUCUUCCAGCGCUCGGAGCCCGCGGCCCUCCUGCCGCCGCCGCCUCUGCCUCCGCCGCCGCUCGUCUGGGCCUCGGUCAUGGCCAACGGGGAAGCGUCCCGGAGGAAGGAGCGCGUCCUCUGCCUGUUCGACGUGGACGGGACCCUCACCCCGGCUCGCCAGAAAAUCGACCCCGAGGUGGCGGCCUUCCUCCAGGAGCUCCGGGGCCGCGUGAAGAUCGGGGUGGUGGGCGGCUCGGACUACUCCAAGAUCGCCGAGCAGCUGGGCGAGGGCGACGAAGUCAUAGAGAAGUUCGAUUACGUCUUCGCCGAGAAUGGGACGGUGCAGUACAAGAACGGACGGCUGCUCUCCAAGCAGACCAUCCAGAACCACCUCGGGGAGGAGCUGCUGCAGGACCUCAUCAACUUCUGCCUCAACUACAUGGCGCUGCUGAAGCUGCCCAAGAAGCGCGGGACCUUCAUCGAGUUCCGGAACGGGAUGCUGAACGUGUCCCCCAUCGGCCGGAGCUGUACCCUGGAGGAGAGGAUCGAGUUCUCGGAGCUGGACAAGCAGUCCAGCCACCCUGAUGGCCUCAGCUUGCCCGUCUGUAAAAUGAGCCAGAGGAGGCGGAGUCUUUGGGGGGGCACCGAGCGAGGCGAUCUCCCUGCCUCCGUGAGGACCCCCUCGGGCCGGCCGGGGCUCCUCCUCCGGGAAGGGCUCCAAGCCUUCCCCUCCGCUCCCUUUCCAGAAAGAGAGGAUCCGCGAGAAGUUUGUGGAGGCCCUCAAGACCGAGUUUGCCGGCAAGGGGCUGAGGUUCUCGCGAGGCGGCAUGAUCAGCUUCGACGUGUUCCCCGAGGGCUGGGACAAGCGCUACUGCCUGGACCGCCUGGACCAGGAGAGCUUCGACACCAUCCACUUCUUUGGCAACGAGACCGGCCCGGGAGGGAACGACUACGAGAUCUAUGACGACCCCCGCACGGUGGGCCACAGCGUGGCGUCCCCCCAGGACACGGUGCAGAGGUGCCGGGAGCUCUUCUUCCCCGAGAGCGCCCACGAGGCGUGAGGCUGCGCCCGCCCGGAGUGCCAGCCGGACAUGCGGGGGAGGGCAUGGGGGGGGCAGCGGCUUCUCCCCCCUCUCCCCGGCCUUCCCAGAGCAGCUUGGGGAGGGGCUGCCCGGCCCUGACCUCUGACCUGGCGCGGGGGGGGGGAGACCUCUUGGGCAGGUCAGUCUAUUAAAGGACAGAAAGCUCCGG